UAAGUUUAUUACACUUUGUGAAGCUCUUGUCAAAGUCAUUGUUCUUUCCCCCAUUGAAUUUGAUUGAUUAUUAUGACAAUCAUCCACUCUACAAGAAGCAUUUCAAAACAAAAAAACUAUCUCCUGUCAGAGUGUUCACUAAUGUCUUGUUAAAGACCAUCAUUCUACCACCAAAUGAUAAGUAAAUAACAUUUCUUUAUCCAUGUAUCGUGUUUCUGAUAUUUUUUGUAGUUUUUGUGACAAAUGUCAACAAUAUUUCAGCAAAGAGAAUUUACAUUGUGAUCUAUGUAACGAUUGUCCUACUAAGCAUAACAAUGUUUGGCAGCAUUGUCUUAUUUGUGGGAAAUGUGUAAAGAAAGGUUAUGUUCACUGCGAGAUAUGUAAAUCGUGCAAACCUCCUGGACAUGAUUGUCAAAGAGGUGACUUUACUCUCACUUCAUUUGCAAUGUUGUGGAUCAAUAAAUCAGUAAUUAAAAAAGUUUCAUUGGCCAACUUUUCUUUACACAAUCUUAUAUUCGAGGUUUUGUUCCUAGUUUAA